GUUAUAUACGCGCACAUGCAUCUGAUUUUAGACUGCAAUCUCAAUAGAAAUUUAUGAAGCACAUAACCGUUAGUAAAAAUAAAAAAUAAGGGACCGCCACGCAUGAGAGAACAAAACUGGUCAUAGGACCGUCACCCCAAUGCGUCUAUGUUCUGUUCCUCAGUGGUUCCAUCCUUGCCCCCACCAAAGCCUCUCUGUAUAAAAAGCCUAAAUAUGCUUCCUUCCUGGCCAUCCCAACACCUCUGCCAACUUUAAAAAAAAAAAAAACGAGCAGCUUUCCCAAUUCUCUGACAUAUAAUACCCGUGACUCGCCUGCAAAACAACCUCACUCCCAACACUCGUCCCACUUUUCUGAUUCCUUCUAUCCCUGAUGGCUUCUCUCCCUUCUCCACUCUUUUCUCUGAUUUUGAUUUUUUCAGCUUCUCCCUUGCUCUUUCCUGCACUUUCCACCACUUAUUGGGGAGAUAUCGAGGCCCUCAAGCACCUCAAGAACGGCCUUCACAACGCUUCCGUCCCUCCGGGUUCGUGUCUUGCUUCUUGGGACUUCUCUGUCGACCCUUGCGACAACCUCUUUGGCGAGAAAUUCACCUGCGGCUUCCGCUGCGACGUCGUCGUCUCCGGCUCGAGUCGGGUCACCGAAAUCGCCCUGGACCACGCUGUUUACGCAGGUUCUCUCGCAACCUCGUCUUGGAACCUUCCUUAUUUAGAAACUCUCGAUGCAUCUGACAACUACUUUUCCGGUCGGAUUCCGGAGUCCUUCUCCAGUCUUACUCGUCUUCGCCGGCUCGCCCUGUCCGGGAAUUUGUUGGACGGCGAGAUUCCCUCUUCCAUUGGUUUCCUGUCUAAUCUUGAAGAGCUGUACCUCGAUAACAAUAAUCUUCGGGGAACGAUCCCUUCUAGCUUGAACGGGCUCAAGAGCUUGAAAAGGCUCGAACUUCAGCUCAACAGUCUCAGCGGCGAGAUUCCUGAUCUCGGUUCUCUAGAAAAAUUUUACUACCUCGACAUCAGCGACAAUGCCUUCGCCGGUGAAAUCCCGGCGACGUUGCCCAAAUCCUUGGUUGAGAUCUCAAUGAGGAACAAUAGCUUGACCGGAGGUUUAAGAUCAGAGAGCUUCAAAGGGCUGAUGGACUUGCAGGUGCUAGAUUUGAGUUAUAACAGUCUGGAGGGCACUGUGCCCGUAGUUCUGUUUGAGCUGCCUUCGCUGGAGCAGCUGAGUCUUUCGUUCAACAAACUGUCCUCCAUGGAGGCGCCAUCUUACAAUGCUGGAUGGCAGAGCGGGCUGAUAGCGGUUGAUCUGAGCAACAACGAGAUUCAGGGGCCAUUGCCUUGGUUCAUGGGAGUGAUGCCGAAGCUAUCGUCACUGUCGUUAGAGAACAACAAGUUCACGGGAAUGAUACCGACCCAGUACGCUCUGAAGACGGUGGUUCCGGGACUGGGAACAUCGCCGUUUGGGAGGCUGAUGCUAAGAGGGAAUUACUUGAUCGGGGGCAUCCCCAGCCCCUUACUGCUACUCAAACCGGGUUCUGCAAAUGUGACGUUGGGGGACAAUUGUCUGUUCAGAUGCCCCCUCAGGUUCUUUUUCUGCGAGGACCAGAAAUCAUUAGACGUAUGCAACAGAUUUAGCCCCUUCAUCCCUUAGAUAUAUUAGAGUGAGUGAUUGGAGAUGUUGAUGUUGUGGGAGAGCCACGUUGGGAGCUAAUAGCUAUGCUAAUCUAAUCUAUGCAGAUCAAAGGCAUCCAUGGCUUGCACUAACCGCCAACUACACAUGAUUUGACCAUUCCCUUCCCACAUUCAUUUCGUUUAAGCGACUUCAGUUUGGAAGCGUUCAAGGACUUGCAUCCCUAGCUAAUAACAACUAGCUGCUAACAGUGCUCCUGCUCUGCUCCUACUUAUCACCAAAUCUUGACUUUAAUUUUGAUGAAUCCUUUCUUUUUCUUUUUUCGGGCAGCAGACUUCGAUCGAUGGCUGCCGUAGUCAACCCAAACCAUCAAGUUCGUUAGGCAAGUGUCGCGAUGCGUUGCUACUAUUUUAGUAAUAUGCAAUCAUGAUUUCUUUUAUUCA